CUUACAUUUUGUAGAUUAGCGCAUUUUUGAUUCGAUAAAUCGUAAAUUUUGUUGCAGUAAUUGAUAUGAGCGACAUACCAAUUCCAAUAUGGCGUCAAAUCCGACAGAUGAAAAUGAUCUAGAAGGAAGACGGAAAAAACAUGAAAUUCUCAAAAUGUAUUAUGGAGUGGAGGGUGAUAAACCUGGAGCUUCGACUGUUGAUCCGUGUGAUAUCAAUGGAGCCCAUUUUAAACCUGAAAUAUACCUGAGUAAACUCAUACAUGAGAAACCACUGACAGAAUUAAUGGAUAAAGAAAAUGAUAUGGUUCGUCAGAUUAAAGCUCUCGAUAGUGACAUGCAGACAUUGGUUUAUGAGAAUUAUAACAAAUUUAUCAGUGCAACGGAUACAAUACGAAAGAUGAAGAAUGAUUUUAAGAAAAUGGAAGAUGAAAUGGACCAUUUAGCAACUAAUAUGGCUGCUAUUACAGAAUUUAGUGGUAAUAUUAGCAGUACUUUACAAGAUAGAAGACAACAAAUAACUAAAUUAGCUGGUGUACAUUCAUUGUUAAAAAAGCUCCAAUUUCUGUUUGAGUUACCAUCGCGGUUAAAAAAAUGUCUGGAUAUGAAAGCCUAUAGCCAAGCUGUCAGAUAUUAUACUAAAGCUAAGAGAGUUUUACAUCAGUAUCAACAUAUGCCGAGCUUUCAGGGUAUAAAUACAGAUUGUAAUAUGAUUAUAGAACAACUUAGACAACAAUUACGACAACAAUUCAAAGACAAAGAGUCUUCUCCUAAACAGUUAGCAGAAUGUGUUGAUUUGUUAUUAGAGUUAAAUGAACCACCAGAAACAUUAUGUGAUGAAUUUCUCUCCCAUGCAAGACAGAAGAUAGAUGAAGAUCUAGAUAUACUGGAUAGACAAAUAAAAUUACAAGCAGGGGAGAUAACUACCACAGAAUCUGAUCGACCAGCUCAAGCCUAUCUAAAUACACCUAUGGAUAUAUUAGAGUUUGUUAUAAAACUUGUUAUUUUAGGAUAUAUUAGAAUUUGUUGA